GAAAGACAUGACACGCAAGACAGAGGAUUCUUUACAGGUUUUUUAAUAGACCAGGAUGGGGAAACACAACGUUACAGUGGUGACUGAAUUUGUCCUGAUGGGCAUCACUGACCAACCUGAGCUUCAAGCCCCAUUGUUUGGACUGUUCCUCAUCAUCUAUCUGAUCUCACUGAUGGGAAACUUGGGCAUGAUCAUCCUCACCACUGUGGACUCCAGGCUGCAAACUCCUAUGUACUUUUUCCUCAAACAUCUGGCUAUUACAGAUCUUGGUUAUUCUACAUCUGUGGGACCCAAAAUGUUAGUAAAUUUUGUUGUGAACCAAAAUACAAUAUCAUUUAAACUUUGUGCCACACAGCUUUCUUUCUUUCUUGUGUUCAUUGUUAGUGAGCUUUUUAUUCUGUCUGCAAUGUCCUAUGACCGAUACGUGGCCAUCUGUAAGCCUUUGCUCUACACUGUCAUCAUGUCACAAAGGUUAUGUUGGGUACUAGUGGCAAUUCCUUAUCUCUAUUGUACAUUUGUUUCUCUUCUAGUCACAAUUAAGAUUUUCACUUUGUCUUUCUGUGGCUACAAUGUCAUCAGUCAUUUCUACUGUGACAGUCUCCCCUUGUUACCUCUGUUGUGUUCAGAUACACAUGAAGUUGAACUGAUAAUUCUAAUCUUGGCAGCCUUUGAUUUGAUUUCUUCUCUUCUUGUUGUCCUUGUGUCUUACUUGCUCAUCCUUAUAGCUAUUCUGAGGAUGAACUCUGCUGAGGGUAGGCGGAAGGCUUUCUCCACCUGUGGGUCCCACCUGACAGUAGUCAUUGUCUUCUAUGGGACUUUGAUAUUCAUGUAUGUCCAGCCUAAUUCUAGUCACUCCUUUGAAAGUGAAAAAGUGGCUUCCGUAUUCUAUACCCUGGUGAUCCCCAUGUUGAAUCCUUUGAUCUACAGUUUAAGAAACAAAGAUGUAAAAUUUGCUCUGAAAAGGACAUUGAAUAAUUUGUGUAAAUUAUUUUCUUUGGCUUUUCAUAAAAUAUAAAUUUUCCAAGUUGAAUGCUUGUUCCAUGUACAUUCAGAAAACAUAAAAAAUUUCAAUGUGAAUUUAAACAGUAUACUAUAUUUAUAUUACUUUUACUGUUAUCCAUAGAUUAAUAGUGAAAAAAUUCAAAAGAAGUAAAAGAAUCUUAUCCAAAAUUAGUUGAUUUUUAUACAAAAGAGAGUAUACAGUCACAUACCACCACUUAAAUACAACACACAAACACACACACACACACACACACACAAACACACACACACUAGUGCUAAGGAUAGUGACACAAUGAGGUGUCAUGGGAAAUAAUUAUAUAUAUAUAAUUAUAUAUAUAAAUAUAUAUAUAUAAUUCUGUUGUAUUCAUUUGUCUAUGUAAUAGUUUUUUCACUCAAACUUAAUGUUAAUUUUUCAAUGUAGUAAUUUUUAUUUGUACUCCAUAAUAUUUGUUUGUGUAAAAUGGAAUUCUUAUUACUUUGCCAAAAUUGACUUUCUCAAAUACUUUUAUGACAUUAGCUCUUUGUCAAUAUUUUCAUUUCAAUGUAUAAUGUUAGUUUUAGCUCAGUAAUACAAAGAUCCUUAUUGUCCCAUGAUCUUGUCUCACUCUACCCAUUUUUCUUCACAUUUGGGAACCUUUCACUUAAAAUCAGUACUCUAAACUGUUCAUAAAUGAGCUGAGGUGCUCACUUGUAUUUCUUUGCUGGUCUUAUUUAUUAACUAUAUGCCCAGAAUUAAAACUUUUUAAAAUUAUCUACAGUGAUAUAAUAACCACUUAUUAGAGUAUAUGUUUUAAGAUUGUUCUGUAAGAAGACCAUAUUAAAAUAAUUUUUGUAUCCUUUCAAUAUGCUUAUAUGUCUCACCAUUAAGAAAUAUAUAAAUAUGAUUUCGCUGAUUCUAA